GAAACAAAGUCAGUGAGUCAGGAAGCAGAACAACAGAGAGAUUGAAACGCGGAAGAUCCCGUUUGGCCAAGUGAACCGCGCUGAGGUUAUGUGUCACAGGGCUUCCCCACCGCUGCUGCAGAGCGCAUCAAGACAAACACGACCAACUGGACUGCAACUCACAUCUUCUGCGUAUCACUGUGACGGACUUCCGUGAUUAUUGUACGGACUUGCUAGACGCAACAUCGAUCGACCAAUCGCGGUGUAAUAAGUGCUGCACUCUGGAUUAAGGAGUGUAGAUUUUCCUCUUAAAAAUAUUCUGUUAUCGAUGCCAAAAGAGAGGCGGAGGUCUCGGAAGGAGGCGUUGACCUGUAGCUCCUCUCCCCUGAGCAGCGGGAAAGAGCACCAGGGCCACUGCUCGUCCCCGCUGGUCUGUGAUGAGCGGCUGCCGAUGGCGAGCGCGCGCCCGGUGCCGCAGGUGACCGUGACCGCGGUGGAAGGCAGCGACGCGCGGGAGCUCGAGUACGAGGAGUUGGAGGCGCUGAACGGAGGCGCGCCGCUCCGCCGCAAACUCUCCACCUCGUCCGUGUCGUCCACCGGCUCGUCCGUGGUGUUAGAGGAGUCCGAAGACGACGUAUUGAGCGACAACGAAACGAAGAGCAAAGGCAUCGUUACUUUGGAGCAUGUGGGAGACGGCGGAGAGCAGGUGAAACCAUGGUGGAUGUUAAAGACUGUCGUCCAUUGGCAAGUUGUAGCCUCGCAGAGAAAACGAUUGUCUUGGGUUCAGUUAGCCGGUCAUAAAGGCAGCUUCAAAGCAGGGGAAGAGGGGACCAUCCUGAAGAAGUACGCCGAGAACGAGAAGCUAUGUUUCGAGCGCUUAAGCGGAGACGUGCUGGAACAAUUUGUACCAGCGUAUCGCGGAACGGUUGAGAGAGAUGGAGAGCUCUUCCUGCAGAUGCGCGACCUGCUGACCAGCUUCGACGGACCAAACGUCAUGGACUGCAAGAUGGGAAUGAGAACCUAUCUGGAGGAAGAGCUGGUGCGAGCCAGGGAGAAGCCCAAGCUGCGCAGGGAUCUGUAUAACAAAAUGCUGGAGGUGGACACCGAGGCUCCAACUGCCGAGGAACACAAGCAGCAGGCCGUGACCAAGCUCCGGUACAUGCAGUGGAGGGAGACUAUCAGCUCCACCAGCACUCUGGGCUUCCGCAUCGAGGGCAUAAAGAAAGCAGAUGGAACAUGCCGGACAGACUUUAAGAAGACUCACUCAAGGGAAGAAGUCACACAGGUCUUCAAGGAAUUUGUCAGCGAGAACGGAAAAAUAAUUAGCUCCUACAUUAGGAGGUUGGAGGAUAUCAAACAGACCCUGAAGUCUUCAGACUUCUUCAUGAAACAUGAGGUGAUUGGGAGUUCAAUGCUGUUUAUCCACGACCACACAGAGCGAGCUGAAGUCUGGCUCAUCGAUUUCGGGAAGACCACAGCUCUCCCUGAUGGUCAGACGCUGGAUCACGAAAAACCCUGGCAAGAGGGCAACAGAGAGGACGGAUACUUAUGGGGCCUUGACAACCUGCUGCUCACCCUCCGCUCCCUGCCAGCACAGUGCUCUUACUGAACUUUAACACGGACCCUUUUCCAUUGUGCCAUGGGGAAAUAAGUGAUAAUCCUUUCAUUUGCAAAAUAAAAUCACCUGUGCUCUCUCGACGCUUUAGCUUCUGAGCUGCAUAUCAGCCAGCUUUUCUUUCAAACCAGUAAUUGUCCAAGAGUCCGUGAAAGAGUAAUUGAAUUCAGUGCAUCGUGUCCCUAGCUAAUAAAGUUGGAGAAUUUACAGAAGACACUGACGUCAAUUAGUACCCUGUUUGUCAGCAGCCUUAAUUUAAAUGACCAUACAACCACAGUGAAGACUGUUAUUACACCAGUGUACUCUCAAUACACAAUCCACCAUUACAGUACUAAAACUGAAAGUUCAUUAACAACAAAUUAUCCUAAACAAGACGAGCCAGUUUGCCUUUCUUGGAGGUAAGCUUUUAUGAUGUAUUUUAUGACAAUAAGUCAGUGCUAAUGUGUACCAGACUGAUAUGUACUGUUCUUCUCAGAGAAUCAGAAACACAGAGCCUAUUAUGCGUGCACAACCUAAGCAAGAACAUUAUCACAAGACAUCCACCCACACCACAUCUGGGGGUGGCUCACCAGAUUUAUUUGCCACGCUCACACACUUGCUUUUCUCUUGAGCCUUAUCUUAAGACCAGUUUUGUGAUCAUUCUUUGUAUUCUCACUUCGAGGUGUUGUGGAAUGACUCACUUGUUUGUGCGGUGCCUUUUAGUGCGUUUAGUGCAAACGAAGACUUGCCUAUUCAAGCAAUUACUGGUGUAAUGGCAAGUGAACAUUGGCUUAAUGCAGGUUAUGACUCAUGAGCAAAUUGUACCAACAGUCUUGGAAAUAGGAGAGCACAGCAGGAACCUUAGUCAUCUGUUCCACAGUGCAGUAAUGUGUAAUGCUAAAAAGUCUGCAUAUAAUAAUUAAAUAACAUGCACUAGUAAAGAAACUACUGCAGUGUUAACUAUUGCAGGCAGCAUUUUUAAUCUUUUGUGUUAUGCAAGGUUGCUCUGAUUGGAUUUGCACCACAAGAGCAGAACUAUUUUCCAGCCUUAGGUUUGUUGAGGUGAAAUCCUAGGACUGCCAAGGAGAAACUGUUGACCCUUUGGGCAAGGCAUUUAACCCUUAGUCCCUCCAAUACCUAAACCUAGAUCCUUGUGAUAAAACAAAAUCACUAUCAUCUCCACAAACUAUAAGACCAUGUCUCUCUGUGUGAUUUUCUUUUUUCCCCAUCUUAAACUCUUUCUUCUCUUUCUUCUCCUGUGCUAUUUCUUAAUAAGGGACUGUCCACUAGUAUCCAUUCCCUCUGUCGAAAUUUUAAACACGUGUAUGGGUUUACGAGGGUCUGUGGGUUUAAACCCCUGAUCAUUUUUAGAGACUUUCCUACUUGAAUAUCACUAGUAUGCAAUUAAUCAGUGUAUAUACAUUUCUGAUGGUUUUUAAAGCUUGUCUUGUGGCUUUUCUUGUUGAUAUUUUUAAAGGCUUUAUUGUGUUUUUAUGGUGUUAAGCAUUAAGUGUAAAAACCCGGGCUGCAGUUUGCUUAUCUAGAUUUCUCUAAAAGUAUUUUCCAUGUCAGAUCGGACAAAUUUUUACCUUCAAACACUAUUGUUUUUAGGGACAAGGUGACAGUAUUUGUUGUCACAGGAUGAACACAUAUGAGAUGUUCUCAUAAUAAAAA